AUGCAGGCCGCUCCCUGGAGCAGCCUGCUGGGAGGGCUGGCCUUGCUGCUGGCCGCGCUGGGCCUGGGGCGGGCCCGGGGCGUGCAGUUGGUGGACGCGGAGCUGCUGGGGGGCGACUGGGAGCUCGAAGGCGACCUGGCGUUGCAGACGGAGUCUGGAGUCGGCUGCUACGUCCGGCUCGAAGAUCAGCAGUGCGUCGUCAGGGCGCUGGGCGAGAAGUACCGGAGGUGGACCGCUGUGCAGAAGGGCAGGGACUCGCUGGCGGCGUGCCAGGGCCUUGCGCACAGCCUCGACCACAUCUGCCAGCUGGAGCCCGGCACGGUGCAGGUCUCCUUCGGGGAGGGCCCGCCGGCGGAGGCGGAGCUCGGCGCGGCGCCCUCGGCCGCCCUGGAGCGCGCCAGGGGCCUCGAGGCAGCGGCCGCCGAGGGCGCCGCGGUGCACCUGCGGCACGGCCUCGAGGCGGCCGAGGCGGCGGCCGGGGCGGCAGGCGGCAGCGCGGAGGGCGGCAACUGCCUGAACACGGCCGGCCUCGCGAAGACCAAGAGAGGACACGGCUGUGUGAUGUUCCAGCUGCACCCCGGCACCUGCACCUACGCCUACUACUACGACGACGCCGACUUCACCGCCGGCGACAUGUGCUGCGCGUGCGGCGGCGGCCGGCCGGGCGAGGGGCGGCGGCCCGAGGCGGCGGCCCGCUGA